AUGGCGGCGGCGUACACUUAUAACUGCAUCGGAACACUUCUUGCUUUGAUUUUACCAAUAACCAUUGCGAGUAUAACAGAAGAGGAUAAGGCGCUAAUACUGAAGUUACAUAAUGAUUUGCGGCGUCAACUGUUGCGCUGCAACCUUCCUGGCCAACCUCCGGUGGCUGGACCUAUGCCCGACCUAAAAUGGCACGACCAACUAGCCGCACAGGCGGAAACUUUGUCAAAAAAAUGUGUGUUCCAGCACGGCUUUGACCCGAAUUUCAAGAUUCCGGAAUUCCCAAGUAGUGGGCAAAAUAUCGCAGCCGGCGGUAAUACACUUAGUUAAAGCAGAUUAGCGUGUUAAUAAAUUAAGGCUAUCCAUAGUUAAGUAAAAACAAGAAAUGUGAGGCUACCAUUGAGGAAAUCAAGUGCGAAAAACUAAAAAUUUGAGAAGCUUUGCGUACAUCCGUGACCCAUGCAGUUAAACUUGCGGUGAACUCCAAAUAAUUAAGAGCCAGUUGUACCGAAUAGAUCAAACCCAGUCUCACAGCAUUUAAGAAAAACGCGAUGAAAACUUGGAAAAUAUGUGGAACCUCUAGUGAAUUCAUCAUUACAGAAGGAUUGGUGGAUAACCAGAAAAU